CAGAGAAGCCGAGCGAGAAAAAAAUAUCAACAACAAGAACCCGAGCAACCUGCAAAUAGAGCUCCGUGACAGUGAGCAGACAUGUCCCACACGUCGUUAACAGCCCCAAAGGAUUGCAUGGACUCGUAAAGGCUAUGAGUUCCUCUGAGCAUGGAGCAGUUUCAUAUGAAGCGAUGCUUGAGAAAGAGUACAAGCAUGUCCAGGACUAUAAGGAGGAAAUGGAUGACUUUGCCAUAUGCAAGCCACCAGAAGGACAUGGAGGAGAAUCUCCUGGAGCCAUUGGCGCUUGUAAACGAUCGUCUGCAGACAUGGGCCCAAACACAACCCAGUCCACUAGCAGCAAGAGAGUCAGAGUCUCUUGUGAGAUGAGGCGGCACUUGAUAGAUGAAAGCAGCAGACUGGAGCCUCUAUGCUUAACCACGACUGGAGAGAAGAGGGAACGAGCCCAGCAGAAAUCCAGAGUCUCCUACAGAAAGCCUCUCUUCAGCAUCUCUCACAGGAUCUCUGAGAAGAGAAACACGCCAAGUCUGGAUCAGCAAGCCAGUCAUGGUGCAGGGAAUCCAAUCAACUUCAGCAGCAUCUUCUCAUCCAAGCUCCAAAGUUCAGAGGAAAACAGCCCAUUAGAGACCUUUGGCACCACAGAUUCUUUAAGCCAAGCUUCCUCCACAGACUCUACCCUUUAUCCACUUAUUGAGAAAAUGUUUCUCAUUCUCAAUACCCUCAAUUCAAGCAUGACCCAGCUGCAUAGCAAAGUGGAUUUGCUAACCCUUGAGGUCAUGCGAAUAAAGAAGCAGAUCAAACCAGCUGAGAUGGUAACAGAGUUCCAGCCGCCGCCUGAAUAUCUGCUAACAAGUGAGGAAUUGAAUCAGCUGAUGGAGCAGACGUCCAGCGCUGGAGAGCUUGGGUGUCGGCUGCUGGUGCAUCUCUUCCCAGAGCUUUUCAAAGCCAGGGAGUGUUCUCACGAAUGCAUGGCAAGCAAGAGGACACUCGAGUCUCUGCAUCUGCAGCUGAUCCGUAACUAUGUGGAGGUAUGCUACCCCUCCGUGAAGAACAACAGCGUGUGGCAGGAAGAAUGCCUCCUUCAGAUAAAUGACUUAUUUAAUCGCUUCUGGGCUCAGAGGGACAUGGAGAGUGCUCGACUGCUAAGGAAGCAGACAAUCACAGGUGCUGGGGUAAAGACUGAGCAUCCUCAAACCUACUGUUUCAUUAAUGAGCAGGGCCAGGAAGAGCAUCUCCCUUUAGAUAACCAGCAGGGCAGCCUGGCUGUGUCAGACCUCACUUUUGAUACACAAGCCACAGAGGAGCUGGAUGAGUUCUCCUCCCCAGAGGAUUUUGUUAUUUUUCUAAUGCACCGUCUUUUCCCUGAGGUUUUUGAGGAGGGGAAAUUGCCUGAAGGCUCUGGCAGUUUUAGCAGUGUGGGGCAGCUUAUUCUGGACUCUGACAAGAUGGACAUUAUAAGAAAGUAUAUGGAAGCUAAUUUUCCUGAUGUGCCUGAGGAUAGCUGGCUUCAGGUGUGCAUUCAGCACAUGGAGGAUGCACUCGAGGGUCCUCACAGUAACGGCAAUGGAAGUGAUCCUGAUAAUAUCAACGAUGAGAGCUAUGACCUGGCCAGCUUUCCUGAAGAUGUUUCUAUUAUUAAAGUACCUGAGGCAGGUGACCAUGAGAGGCCCAGUCGCAAGUCAAAAAAGUCACUUCUCACUCCAGUGGAUUUUGACAAUCUUGAGAUUCCUCUUCCUGACUUCACUGUCCCCCAGGAGUGCCUCUUAUCCAGGGAGCAGCUGAAGAACAACUAUGAAUGUAGCCUGUCCAUUGGGAACUUUGCCUCCCGACUGCUGGUGCUCAUGUUUCCUGAGCUCUUCACCCAUGAGAACACACGGAAGCAGUACAACUGCAGUGGUUCUCUUGGUAAAAAGCAGCUCGACCCUGUCCGUGUCAAUCUGAUACGUCAUUAUGUGCAGUUAGUUUAUCCUCGAGCUAAGAAUGACAGAGUGUGGAUGUUGGAGUUCGUGGGCAAACUUGAUGAGAGAUGCAGAAGACGGGACACGGAGCAGAGAAGAUCCUACCUGCAGCAACGUAAAACGUAUGGUCAGGAGUCGGAGCAGGACUUUAUCAGCCAGCUAAAUCAGCUCAAUGCAGAUGGCAUGAGGGAGGAUUCAGAAAUUCCCUCUUUACCUCCAGAAAGAAGUAGCAAAGACUUUUGCAAAAUACCCCUGGAUGAGCUGACUGUGUCCAAACCUGACUUCCCCGUACCUCAUAUCUACCUGCUUUCAGACACGGAGGUACGGGAAAUCAUUCAGCAGAGUCUUUCUGUUGGGAACUUUGCUGCCCGCCUGCUGGUGCGCCUUUUCCCCGAGCUCUUCACCCAGGAGAACCUGCGGCUGCAGUACAACCACUCAGGAGCCUGCAACAAGAAGCAGCUCGACCCCGUUCGCCUGAGAUUGAUCCGUCACUAUGUGGAAGCAGUGUAUCCUGUGGAUAAGAUGGAGGAGGUGUGGCACUAUGAGUGUGUGCCGAGCAUCGAUGAGCGAUGCCGGCGUCCCAAUCGCAAGAAGUGUGACAUUCUUAAGAAGGCCAAGAGGUCGAGCACUGUGUCCUAGUUACUGUUCACUUAGCCCAGUGGUUCUCAGCUGGUGGGUUGGGACCCAAAGGUGGGCCACAGAGGUGUUUAUGAAUGUGUGGCAUCAAGAAAAACAGGCAAGGGGCUCAUGAUGUAUGAAAGCCCUAAGCAGACAUACACCCACUUUAUCACCUCUGCCAAGGAGGUGAUGUGAUCUGCAGGGUUUGUUAGUUUGUUAGCAACAUAACUCAAAAAGUUAUGGACGGAUUUU